AUGGAACAGCUUCAAAAAGAGACUGUUAUGGAGAGCAGUGGACCAAAGGUGCUGGAAACAGCUGAAGAGAUCCAGAAAAGGCGUGAAGAGGUGUUGGCACGUUACCAGAGGUUCAAGGAGCUGGUAGCUGAGAGGGGGCAGAAGCUUGAAGAGUCCUAUCACUACCAGGUUUUUAGGAGGGAUGCAGAUGAUCUGGAAAAGUGGAUCUUGGAAAAACUCAAAAUCGCAAAUGAUAAAAGCUAUGAAGACCCAACUAACAUACAGGGGAAAUACCAAAAACAUGAAUCCUUUGAAGCAGAGGUGCAAGCAAAAUCAAGGGUCAUUCCUGAACUGGAAGAAAUCAGGAAAGUCCGAUUUGCUGAGGGGCAUUUUGCCCACGAGGAUACAAAGGUCCAUCUGGAGGAACUGCGCCACCUGUGGGACCUGUUGCUAGAGUUGACCAAGGAGAAGGGCACCCUGCUUCUGCGGGCCCUGAAGUUCCAGCAGUACUUACAGGAGUGUGCUGACAUUCUGGAAUGGAUUGGUGAUAAGGAGGCUAUAGUGACAUCAGUGGAGCUGGGUGAGGACUGGGAGCGCACAGAGGUUCUACAUAAGAAGUUUGAAGACUUCCAAGUGGAUCUAGCAGCUCGAAAGGGGAGAGUGGAUGGAAUCAACCAGUAUGCCAAUGAGUGCGCCGAGGAGAACCACCCUCAACUGCCUUUGAUUAAGGAAAAGCAGGAUGAGGUAAACGCUGCCUGGGAGCGUCUUCAUGGUAUGGCUCUCCAGCGGAGGAAAACCCUUUCUGAUGCUGCUGACCUUCAGCGAUUUAAAAGGGAUGUGACUGAAGCCAUCCAGUGGAUCAAGGAGAAAGAGCCUCUUCUCAUCUCUGAGGACUAUGGCAAAGACCUUGUCAGCUCUGAGGCACUGUUCCACAGUCACAAGGGACUUGAGAGGAACCUUGCAGUCAUGGAAGACAAGGUAAAAGAAUUAUGUGCCAAAGCAGACAAACUGAAGGUUUCUCAUCCUUCGGAUGAAUCUCAGAUACAGCAGAUGAAAGAGGAUCUCAUUUCCAACUGGGAGCAUAUCCGUGCCUUGGCUACCACCAGAUAUGCUAAGCUGCAGGCUUCUUAUUGGUACCAGAGGUUCUUAUCUGACUAUGAUGAACUGUCAGGGUGGAUGAAGGAGAAGACUUCUCUGAUCAAUGCGGAUGAGCUACCUACAGAUGUGGCUGGAGGGGAAGCACUCUUGGACAGGCAUCAGCAGCAUAAGCAUGAGAUUGACUCGUAUGAUGACCGGUUUCAAUCUGCUGAUGAAACUGGUCAAGCCCUGCUGGAUGCCUGUCAUGAAGCUUCGGAGGAAGUUCAGGAAAAGAUGGAAACAUUGGCCAAUAACUGGGCAGCUCUGCUGGAACUGUGGGACAAGCGUCAGCAUCAAUAUGAGCAAUGCUUGGAUUUGCACCUGUUUUACCGAGACAGCGAGCAAGUAGACAGUUGGAUGAGCAGACAAGAGGCCUUCCUGGACAAUGAGGAUCUGGGGAACUCUCUGGGAAGUGCAGAAGCCCUGCUUCAGAAGCAUGAUGACUUUGAGGAAGCUUUUACGGCCCAGGAAGAGAAAAUCACAACCUUAGACAAGACAGCAAGCAAACUGAUCAACAAUGACCAUUAUGAUUCGGAGAACAUUGCUGCUAUACGGGAUGGGCUGUUGGCCCGGCGGGAUGCCCUCCGGGAAAGGGCUGCUACGCGACGCCGGUUGCUAGAGGACUCGCUGCUUCUGCAACAACUGUAUCAGGACUCCGAUGACCUGAAGAACUGGAUUAACAAGAAGAAAAAAUUGGCAGAUGAUGAGGAUUACAAGGAUACACAGAAUUUGAAGAGCCGGGUCCAAAAGCAACAAGUCUUUGAAGAGGAGUUGGCAGCUAAUGAGAUCCUCCUCAAUAAUCUCGAAAAAACCGGGCAGGAGAUGAUGGCGCAUGAUCACUAUGCCUCUAAAAACGUGGCGGACCGUCUGAGCGAAGUUGCUGACCUCUGGAAGGAAUUGUUGGAGGCAACAGCGCAGAAAGGGACCCAGUUGCAUGAAGCUAACCAGCAGCUGCUAUUUGAAAAUAAUGCAGAAGAUCUAAAGCGCUGGCUGGAGGAGGUGGAGUGGCAGGUUACCUCCGAGGAUUAUGGGAAAGGCCUGGCAGAUACUCAGAAUCUACUCCGGAAACACGGCCUCCUGGAGUCAGCUGUGUCUGCCCAUCAGGACCAAGUGGACACCCUCACAGAGUUGGCUGCAUAUUUUGAAGAAAAAGACCAUCCUGAUGCUGGGGACAUACGGGCAAGGCAGGAGUCUCUAGUGUCCCGGUUUGAAGCCUUGAAGGAGCCUCUGGCCACCCGGAAAAAGAAACUACUCGAUAUAUUCCGAUUGCUCCAGCUCUGCAGAGACACUGAGGAUGAAGAGGCCUGGAUCCAAGAGACAGAACCCUCAGCAGCUUCCACCUAUGUUGGUAAAGACCUGGUUGCUUCUAAGAAUCUCCUGAACAGGCACCAAGUUAUACUGGCUGACAUUGACAGUCAUGAGCCACGCAUCCGAGCGAUAACCGAGAGAGGAAAUAAAAUGAUAGAGGAAGGACACUUUGCUGCAGAUGAUGUGUCCUCAAGAGUGAAGAAUUUGAAUGAGAACAUGGAGUCUCUACAGGCCCGAGCUGCUAGGCGACAGAAUGAUCUUGAGGCCAAUGUCCAGUUCCAGCAAUAUCUGGCUGACUUGCAUGAAGCAGAAACAUGGAUUAAGGAGAAGGAACCUAUUGUAAAAAAUACUAACUAUGGGGCUGAUGAAGAAUCAGCUGGAGUUCUUCUAAAGAAGCAUGAAGCCUUCCUAGUGGAUCUCAAAGCAUUUGGAACCAGCAUGCAAGCUCUGCGGAAUCAGGCAGAAACCUGCCAGCAACAACAGGCUGUGCCAGUGGAGGGCGCUGGUCGAGAAGAGAGGGUUGUGGCGCUAUAUGACUUCCAGGCUCGCAGUCCCCGAGAAGUCACCAUGAAGAAAGACGACGUCCUAACUCUGCUGAGCUCCAUUAACAAGGACUGGUGGAAGGUAGAGGCGGAUGACCAUCAGGGCUUCGUCCCAGCUGUUUAUGUCAGGAAACUGGCCUAUGAUGAGUUCCCGAUGCUUCCACGACGGAAGAGAGAAGAGCCAGGCAGCAUUUCCGAGCGACAGGAGCACAUUGAGAACCAGUACCACUCACUCCUUGAUCUGGCAGAAGAGCGCAGACGUCAUCUGUUGCAACGUUAUAAUGAGUUUUUGCUGGCUUAUGAGGCAGGAGACAUGCUGGACUGGAUAAGAGACAAGAGGAGAGAAAACACUGGUGUGGAGCUAGAUGAUGUUUGGGAGUUACAGAAAAAAUUUGAUGAGUUCCAAACGGAUUUGAAGACGAAUGAGCCUCGGCUGAGGGAUAUCAAUAAGGUGGCUGACGACUUACUGUUUGAAGAUCUUCUGACACCAGAAGGUGCUCAAAUCCGACAGGAGUUGAAUGCUAGAUGGGGAUCCCUUCAGAGACUGGCAGAGGAACAGCGCCAGCUACUUGGCAGUGCCCAUGCUGUCCAGAUGUUCCACAGAGAAGCAGAUGACACGAAGGAACAGAUUGAGAAGAAGUGCGAGGCCCUCAGGGCUGCUGACCCUGGAUCAGACCUUUUCAGCGUUCAGGCCCUUCAACGUCAGCAUGAAAGCUUUGAGCGCGACCUCGUGCCUUUGGGGGAAAAGGUAACCAUCCUGGGAGAAACAGCAGAGAGGCUAUGUGAGUCACAUCCAGAUGCCACCGAGGACCUGCAGAGGCAGCAGAGAGAGCUGAACGAUGCCUGGGAUGACCUGCUGAGGGAUACAGAGGAUCGUAAGGAGGAUUUAAAUGAGUCCCAAAAAUUCUACCUGUUCCUCAGCAAUGCCAGGGACCUGCAGAAUUGGAUCAGUGGCAUUGGUGGCAUGGUAUCAUCACAGGAGCUGGCUGAGGACAUUACUGGCACAGAGAUCUUGCUGGAGCGACACGAGGAGCAGCAUGCUGACAUCGAAGCCGAGGCGCCCACCUUUCAGGCCUUAGAGGACUUUGGUAUUGAUCUUAUCAGUAGUGGACACCAAGCCGGCCUUGAAAUUGAAAAAAAACUUCAAGAUAUCAGACAAGAGAGAGACGAUUUGGAGAAAUCAUGGGAACAACGCAAAAAGAUGCUAGACCAGUGUCUAGAAUUGCAGUUGUUCCAAGGGAAUUGUGAUCAGGCUGAGAGCUGGAUGGUGGCACGUGAGACCUUCCUGCGGUCAGAUGAUAAGGGCUCCAUAGACAGUCUGGAGGCCUUGAUGAAGAAACGAGAUGAUUUGGACAAAGCAAUCACUGCCCAGGAGGGGAAGAUCACUGACCUGAAAUGUUUUGCUGAACGGCUCAUAGAUGAUGACCAUUAUGCCAAGGAGGAGAUCGCUGCUCGGUUCCAACGGGUGCUAGACAGGUGGAAUGCGCUCAAAACCCAGCUGAUUGCAGAAAGAACUAAGCUGGGAGACUAUGCUGAUCUGAAACAAUUUAACCAUGACCUUGAGGAACUUGAAGAAUGGAUCAGUGAGAUGCUUCCCACAGCCUGUGAUGAAUCCUACAAAGACCCUACCAAUAUUCAGAGGAAAUACUUAAAGCAUCAGACCUUUGAAAAUGAGGUCUAUGGCAGAGCUGAGCAGGUAGAAGGAGUAAUCAACUUGGGGAACUCCCUGAUUGAGCGUGAAGCCUGUGACGGCAAUGAAGAAACCAUGAAGGGGCAACUGGAAGAACUGGAGAAACACUGGGACUACUUACUCGAGAGAACAAUUGAUAAAGGGCAGAAGCUCACUGAGGCCAGUCGCCAGCAGCGGUUCAACACGGGAAUCCGGGAUUUUGAAUUCUGGCUCUCAGAGGCAGAAACUCUGCUGGCCAUGAAAGAUCAAGCUAGGGAUUUGGCUUCAGCAGGCAACCUGCUCAAGAAACAUCAGCUGUUGGAAACAGAGAUGUUGGCCCGAGAGGAUGCCCUCAAGGACCUGAAUGAAUUGGCUGCUGAUCUGCUCUCCAGUGGCACUUUCAAUGUAGAUCAGAUUGUGGAAAAAAGGGAUAAUGUCAAUGAACGUUUCCUGAAUGUCCAGAAUUUGGCUUCUGCACACCAUGAAAAACUGAAAGAGACCUAUGCCUUGUUCCAGUUCUUCCAGGACCUAGAUGAUGAGGAAUCUUGGAUAGAGGAAAAAUUGGUCCGAGUGAGUUCUCAAGACUAUGGAAGGGAUCUUCAAGGUGUUCAGAACUUAUUGAAGAAGCACAAACGUCUAGAGGGAGAACUGGUGGCACAUGAGCCUGCCAUCCAGAAUGUGCUAGAUACGGCAGACAGACUCGGGGACAAGGCUGCCGUGGGGCGUGAAGAGAUCCAGGAACGACUGGCUCAAUUUGUUGAACACUGGGAGAAACUGAAAGAGUUGGCAAAGACUCGAGGGCUUCGGUUGGAAGAGUCACUAGAAUAUAUGCAAUUCAUGGAGAAUGCUGAGGAGGAAGAAGCUUGGAUUGGUGACAAGGAAGCCUUGGUUGCCCGGGAGGAUUCUGGGGACACAUUGGCUGCUACUCAGAGUUUGCUAAAGAAGCAUGAAGCUUUGCAUAACGACUUCGCUGUCCAUGAAACCCGAGUACAAACUGUGUGUGUUCAAGGGGAGGACAUUCUGAGUAAGGUGAGUCAAUUCGGGGAUUCAAUUCAGCAAAAGGAGAAGAUCUCUGCCAAGAUAGAGGCCCUCCAUGAAAAGACGCCUAGUCUGGCCAAGGCAAUAGCUGCUUGGAAGUUGCAAUUGGAGGACGAUUAUGCCUUUCAGCAGUUUAACUGGAAGGCUGAUGUUGUAGAAGCUUGGAUAGCUGAGAAAGAAUCAAGCUUAAAGACAAAUGGUGAUGCUGCAGAUCUUGAUGCCUUCCUCACUCUCCUGGCCAAGCAGGAUACUUUGGAUGCCAGUUUGCAGAGCUUCCAGCAAGAGAGACUGUCUGAGAUCACUGACCUGAAAGACCAGCUUGUGGCCGCUCAGCACAGCCAGACUAAAGUCAUAGAAGAACGCCAUGCUGCCCUGCUGAGGCGCUGGGGCCAACUACUGGAAGCCUCUUCAGCCCAUAGACAGAAGCUUCUAGAGAAGCAGUUGCCCCUACAGAAGGCUGAAGAUCUGUUCAUGGAAUUUGCGCACAAGGCUUCAGCUUUCAACAACUGGUGCGAGAACGCUGAGGAGAACCUGUCGGAGCCAGUGCACUGCAUCUCCCUAAAUGAGGUCCGGCAGCUACAGAAAGAUCACGAAGCCUUUCUCGCCUCGUUGGCAAAGGCCCAAGCUGACUUCAACCAUUUGCUUGAAUUAGACAACCAGAUUAAGAGCUUAAAUGUCCCCUCUAGCCCUUACACCUGGUUGACCAUAGAGGUGUUAGAAAGGAUCUGGAAGCACCUACCUGAUAUCAUCAAGGAAUGGGAACAGGAACUGAAAAAGGAGGAAGAAAGACAGGUCAAGAACUUUGAGAUGUGCCAGGAAUUUGAACAGAAUGCCAGUGCCUUCCUACAAUGGAUCCAGGAGACCAGGGCUUAUUUUCUCGAUGGAUCUUUGCUCAAAGAAACAGGAACACUGGAAUCCCAAUUGGAAGCAAAUAAAAGGAAGCAGAAGGAGAUCCAGGCCAUGAAGCGUCACCUGACCAAAAUUGAGGAUAUGGGUGACAACUUGGAGGAGGCACUAAUCCUUGACAUAAAAUACAGCACCAUUGGACUGGCCCAGCAGUGGGACCAGCUGUACCAGCUUGGGAUGCGGAUGCAGCACAACCUCGAACAACAGAUCCAGGCCAAGGAUACAGUAGGUGUGAGUGAAGAAUCACUAAAGGAGUUUAGCACAACCUAUAAACACUUUGAUGGAAAUUUGACAGGGCGGUUGACUCACAAGGAAUUCCGAUCAUGCCUAAGAGGACUCAAUUACUACUUGCCUAUGGUGGAGGACGAUGAACCUGAGCCCAAGUUUGAGAAGUUCCUGAAUGCUGUUGAUCCAGGGAGGAAGGGCUAUGUCUCAUUGGAAGACUAUACUUCCUUCUUGAUCGACAAGGAGUCAGAGAACAUCAAGUCCAGUGAUGAAAUAGAGAAUGGCUUCCAGGCUCUGGCAGAAGGCAAGGCUUAUAUUACCAAAGAAGAUAUGAAGCAGGCCUUAACUCCAGAACAAGUGUCAUUUUGUACUUCACAUAUGCAGCAAUACGUGGAUCCACAAGGUCGAAGUCACCACGCCGGCUAUGACUAUGUGGGCUUCACCAAUUCCCACUUUGGCAACGGAUACAACAGCUCCUCGUGAAUCAUAGAAAAUCCUACUGUGGUGGGAUGUUUUAGAAAUGAUGGGGGCAAGUGAAGGGGUGAGAAGUUGGUUUUGUGUGUGUGUGUGUGUGUGUGUUCAUUACAUUUAUUUCAGGAUCUAAUAGAAGCCAAG